AUGGAGCAAAACAAAGACACAGAACAAGUUGUAAACAAGAAGCUGGGUGGUUAUAGAACCAUGCCUUUUAUCAUAGCAAAUGAGACUUUCGAGAAAGUUGCAACGGUAGGACUUCAUGUGAAUAUGAUUUUGUACCUACUCAAUGAAUAUCAACUAGAACCUUCAACUGCAGCUAUCAUAAUUUUUCUAUGGAAUGCUGGAUCCAAUUUCGUGCCACUUUUUGGUGCUUUUCUUUCUGAUUCUUGUCUCGGACGGUUUCGUGUCAUUGCUUGGGGAACAAUCAUCGACCUUCUUGGAUUAAUUGUGUUAUGGUUAACUGCAAUCAUUAGACAAGCGAGGCCGCCGCGUUGCGAUGAGAAACCAUGCACGAGUGCAACAGGAGCACAGUUCUUGUUUCUUUUUUCAUCGCUUGCUUUAAUGGCGGUCGGAGCCGGUGGAAUUAGGCCUUGCUCUUUAGCUUUUGCAGCUGAUCAGAUAAACGAUCCGAAAAGUACGAAAAAUGAGAGAGUGAUGAAGAGUUUUUUUAACUGGUAUUAUGUUUCAGUUGGUGUAUCAGUAAUGGUUUCAGUGGUGUUCAUAGUGUACAUACAAGUUAAAGCUGGUUGGGUUGUUGGUUUUGGUAUUCCUGUGGGUCUUAUGUUGUUUUCUUCUGUCAUGUUUUUCUUGGGAUCUUUUAUGUAUGUUAAAGUUAAACCAAACAAGAAUUUACUUGCUGGAUUUGCUCAAGUAAUUGUUGCAUCAUGGAGAAACAGACACAUGACACUGCCUCAAAACAGCUCUGGUUUAUGGUAUUUUCAUAGUGGUUCUAUUCUUGUUCAUCCUACGGAUAAAGCAAGGUUCUUGAACAAGGCAUGCAUUAUGAAGAAUAGAGAGAAAGAUUUAGACUCCAACGGUAUGCCAAUUGAUCCAUGGAGUUUGUGUACAGUAAGACAAGUAGAGGAAUUGAAAGCAGUGAUCAAAGUUCUUCCCAUUUGGUCAACUGGAAUCACAAUUGGCAUUACAAUAAGCCAACAAUCAUUUUCUGUGGUCCAAGCAAACACUAUGAACAGAAAGUUUCACAACUUUGAGAUUCCAUCAACAAGUUUCACUGCAUUCAGCAUCCUCACAUUAACCAUAUGGGUAGCUAUAUAUGACCGUAUCAUAGUCCCUUUGUUAGCAAACUACACAAAAAGAGGAAAAGGACUUAGUUUAAAGCAAAGAAUGGGAAUUGGUAUAGCAAUCUCGUGUUUAUCUACCGCAGUGGCUGCAUUAGUAGAGAAAAAGAGAAGAAACCAAGCAUUAAGAGAAGGGUUAAUGAAUAAUCCUAAAGGUAUAGUGAACAUGACAGCGAUGUGGUUAGUGCCUCAACAAUGUUUGGUUGGUUUUGCUGAGGCUUUUAAUGUCAUUGGACAGAUUGAGUUUUUUUAUUCUCAGUUUCCUAAAACUAUGUCUAGCAUUGCUGUUUCAUUUUUUGCUCUUGGACUUGGGACAGGGAAUUUGGUGGCUAGUAUUAUAGUUAAGGUUGUUAAGAUUGGGACACAAGGAGAAGGAAAAGUUAGUUGGUUAGCAUCAAAUAUCAAUCAAGGGCACUAUGAUUACUACUAUUGGCUACUUACUAUUCUAAGCUUGGUUAAUUUGUUUUACUUCUUAUUGUGUAGUUGGGCUUAUGGGAGUGUGGAAGAGAUUAAAAAUUGGGAUGAAGAGGUUGAUGCUAAAUGA